ACGAGGAGUCUGUCCAACAGAGUAAAAGGAAAUCUAUCGAGGAGCUCGAAGACCCCAGCACUGCGAGGCUGCCCCUUUUACCAUGAGAAUGCCCUGAGUGAUCCGCCACUUCAUACAGAUCCGGAGACUUCGCUGAUCCUCUUCUGUCCACAGAUGGAUGACACACUGGACAUCUCCAUGGUCACUUCAAGGAACUCUCCUUCCCCACCCUUACCCCCGUGCCCCCCACCCCUACCAGCAGGUGGCAUCCCUCUGCAGCAUGAAGCUCCUGUCUCAGAGGAGAUCUCAUUGCCCCCACCUCCUCCUCCACCUGGAAAAUUUACCCUCCCGCCACCCCCACCUCCACCAUCUUAUGGGAUAUCCUUUCCCACUGCUCCACCUCCACGGUUAGAACCGCGUAGACCUAAAUUACGCAACUUCAACUGGGAUGCCCUACCUGCUGAACGGGUGCUGGGGGGUCGGAAUCUCUGGACUUGUGGCCCUCAGGGGGCCAGUCUACAAAUAGAUGUUGUUCAUAUGGAAGAACUUUUUGGACAAAGAGAGGAACCUCGUAAAUCGAGAGGAACAAGGAGCUUUAAAGCCCGUCCAUAUCAGGGUAUAAUUGAGCCCGACAUGAAGGAGGUAGGAGGAGACGUUUUGGUGACCAUAUAA